UCCUCUGUUCUCAAUCCCUUCCUCUUCCCGCGAUCUAUAUGCGUGCUGUCUAUUCUUUCCUCUGCCAGUCUUUUGCAUGAUGCUGUGGGUGCGGGAGUUUUGGGAUUAGUUGGUGCGGAGCACCCCCUUCAGGUUUCGAAGGGUCAAUAUUUUCAGUGGCAAAUCAUCAAUUUAUUCUCAGGUUUCCUCUCUUGAUGUAUUGAUUGGUUGGGGAAUUCCGUUUUAUCUCCUGCGUUGGGUGGUGGUGGUGCUAGAUCCGCUCUGUCUGUGCCCAGCCCAGCUAUUCUGCUUCCUCUGCAGAGAUGAAUUGCUAGAUUUGGCAGAUUGUCCAACCACAAAUCAUUUGGAUGCUCCUGCCUAUGCUUGAUGUCGACUACCAGAGAUAUUGUUUAGUGCUGGGGAAGUUGAGCAGUUUUGGAUCAUAAAUUCCCCAGAAACUAGACAACUAUGGAUCGUGCAGACACAUCUGGGUUUGUCAGUGGUGGUUGCUUUGGUACUACACUCCUGCUGAUAUUCUUCCAUUUCGUCUAUUCUACAGUCCGCGUCUGAAAGAUCAUCAGGACCCCUUCAUCCGGCCUGGCCAGAAAGAUCAUCAAGCCCCUGUUCUUGAGCUCUCCAGUGUAUCAUUUGCUCUCCCACUACUGUCAUACUUUUUAACCGCGAUGGAUAAUAGCUUUGUGCACAUCCCACACCAACCUCUGAUGAAUGAUCCCUUUGCGUUAGUGGCAUACUCAGGACCAAGCUCCACCAUGGAGAGCCUGGGCCAAAGCACACUCCGCAUGGACUGCCUGGGCCCAGCAAUGGCUAAUUGUGGCCAUGACUAUGAAAAUACUCAGAGAAUGAAUGACAUAACAGUGAGAGAUGAUGGCAGCAAGUUAGUCCUUGGAUUGGGUCCAACACCCAACUUUUAUUCCGCACAUUGUCAGUCCACUGGAGUACACAAAUCAAAACAAGCUCAGAGAUUGUCUGGCCAGAGUUUCACUUCUGCUAAUCCAGAAAUGCUGAGGCUUGGCCUUCAGAUGGAUGGUGCAGAAGCAGUUCAAUAUUUGCAAGCACCAAGUGCAACAGUUCAUUCUUUUGCUGUAGUUGAUGAGACCUCAACAUUUGCUACUGUAAGGAACAUGGGUGGCUACAUGCCAUCCCUACUCUUCGCUCCUCCCUCCAGUUCUUCUGAUAUCAAUGAAGCCCAAGUAGACACCCGGGAUUCUCUAGACCUCACGCACAACACCAACAAUGACACUCAGCAUCUUCAACAUCGCCUUCAGCUCAGCCCUGAGCCUUCUGCAAUGACGGAGUCUUCAUUUGGUGUGAGUUCUGAUGUUGUCACCGCAGCAUCGAUAUCAGAACAACGUAGCCAUCCCCGACAUACUAAGAAAUGCAGGUUCAAGGGGUGCUCCAAAGGUGGAAGAGGCGCAUCAGGGCUUUGUAUUGCUCACGGAGGCGGACAGAGAUGUCAUAAGCCUGGAUGCCAUAAAGGUGCCGAAAGCAGCUCGGCAUACUGCAAAGCCCACGGAGGUGGUCGACGGUGUGAGCAGCUUGGUUGCACCAAGAGUGCAGAGGGAAAGACAGAUUAUUGUAUCGCUCAUGGCGGAGGCCACCGAUGCGAACAUCCUGGCUGUCCUAAAGCUGCACGAGGUAAGUCUGGGCGGUGCAUCAAGCAUGGUGGUGGGAAGAGAUGCACUGUUAAAGGUUGCAUCCGGAGCGCGGAAGGGAAGGCUGGAUUGUGCAUUUCUCAUGGUGGUGGCCGUCGAUGCCAGUACCCAGAUUGUGGCAAGGGGGCUCAAGGCAGCACAUUGUACUGCAAGGGGCAUGGUGGUGGCAAGAGGUGCAUUUUUUAUGGCUGCAGCAAAGGUGCAGAGGGUAGCACACCUCUGUGCAAAGCACAUGGUGGUGGGAAGCGAUGCAUGUUUGAAGGAGGCGGCGUCUGUGCAAAGAGUGUACACGGGGCUACUGACUACUGCGUGGCGCAUGGAGGAGGGAAGCGCUGUUCGGUGCCCAGCUGCACCAAGAGCGCCCGUGGCCGCACUGACUUCUGUGUCAAGCAUGGCGGUGGCAAGCGGUGCCAGAUUGACAACUGUAGCAAGAGCGCGCAGGGGAGCACAGACUUCUGUAAAGCCCAUGGUGGAGGCAAGCGGUGCACAUGGAGCACGGGUUGUGAGAAGUUCUCCCGUGGCAAGAGUGGCGUCUGUGCUGCCCAUGGUACCUUGAUGGCGAAGCAGCGAGAACAAGGGUUGGUGAAGAACGUAGGAAGCAUGAUCGGACCAGGUCUCUUCAGCGGCAUCGUGGUGUCAUCGGCCACCGCGGCAAGUAGCAUGACUAACGAGCACUCGUCCUCGGGCAUGAGUACCGCGUCAGACUGCGAUGGUACAGCGAGGAGCCAAUCGAUGAUACCUCCUCAGUUGCUGGUUCCUCGCUCUAUGAUGUCCUCUUGGUCAUCUGAGCCGGUAGAUAGGGGCAGAGAGGGAGCCUGUAUUGUUCCUGAGGGGAGGGUGCAUGGUGGUGGCCUUCUGUCACUUCUCGGUGGCAGCUUCAGGAAUGCUGAUGUGGAAAAGCUCUGAAUCCAGUGCUUUUCCAUCCGCAAAUUCGGUCAGUUUGUUGUAUAUAAUUAAGGCGCCUUGUUGCCUAUUGAAUUUUAUGCUGCUUUUCUUGUCUAGAUAAAUGGUCUGUGGAUGGUUAGCCCAAGUGGUCACUGUGGCAAUUGUUGUGAACGCUUUUGGCAUGUCAUUCCAGUCCUAGUCAGUACUGCAAUAAAAUUUAUGUAUUUGCUA